UUUUAGGGUUUUUUUGCCCAAUGUUGUCCUCCUUCGUCUCGAUGCGCCAAUUGUGAACCUAGCCCUCCAUCUGAAAAUUCUUCACACUUCGAAUUGAAGAUUAGCUCCAAACCUAUCCUUGUUUAAACUUCCUUUAUCAAAACCGAAUUCGCCGAGGAAAUGAGUACAACGAUUUACAUGUUGUUGCGUCAUAGAUGUGGAGAAAUGGUUCUCUCUAUGUUUGAAAUCAAGAUCCCAAAAGAUGAAACAGCGGAACCUCAUCAUCUCUCUGCGAUUCUUGAAUUUCCGGAACAAGAAUAUCCCAGAGGAAUGUGCUCCGUCCAGUUGGGGUCUGAAUUCUACUUUCUUGGUGGGGAACACGACUUGGAGGAUCCCAGGCCUCCUUUUGAUCAAUGGUUUCCAAAAGAUGUGUAUAUCUUUGACCCUAUUGACGGCAAAGGUUCGAUCAAAAGGGGUGUGUCUAUGAACACCGGAAAAUGUGAUCCAUGUGCAGUUGUGGCUGAUGGUAAGAUUUUUGUUCUUAGUAGCAGCAUUGCUUUUGACUUCACUCUACCUUGUUAUAACGAGAAAGGGAUGCCCAUCGAUAAUUCUAUCAGAUUCUUUGAAUGCUUUGAUCCUGAGAGCGAUAAAUGGAUGGUUCUUGAUGAUCCGCCAAUAGAUAUUCCGAUCUGGUGGCGCUUCUCCUUUGUUGGCGGAAGGUUUAUUUUCUUUGUUGGCAGGGAUGCAGACGGUUUCUGGUUACUUUCAGUCUUCAAUCUGGACACCUUAGGAUGGACAUCCUCGACGAAGGUGGAGAAAGAGAAGAUUACCACUGACGAUAUGCUCAUUUUUACUGCAGCUGGGGAAGAUAGCAGCGGCAAAUACCUGUAUGGAUUGCAUGGAUAUCGCAACAACCGUAUCUUAAGGUUAGGGCCCUUGUCUAAUGUAGACCAAAAUCCAAGAAUGUUCAGCAGCGUCCCAAUUAAGACUAUAUCAAUGAUGGAAGAAGUCGACUCUUUUCAUAAGUUGAAUUGUAGCAGUUUUAUUUUGCACUUGGGGAAUCGGCGUUUCUGUUAUCUGCUCACUGGAUCUCCUCCUCGUGGUUUUGGAUUUCCUGCUACUAUUCAAGAUGAUUACUCCCGCACUGUUAAAUUGUUUGUCUUCGAGGAAACCAACUGCAGUGCAUCCGAAUUUUAUCCAAAUGUUGUUUAUUCUGCCAGUUUUGAGAUCAAAACUUCAUUCAUUAAUAGGGGUGAUAUCAUUAGCUGCCAUAUCCUUAGCCCAGGAGAGAAGCAUGAGAGCAUGAAGAGGAAACAAGAAGAUAACUGGAAGCAUGAGAGCAUGAAGAGGAAACAAGAAGAUAACUGGAAGCAUGAGAGCAUGAAGAGAAACAAGAAGAUAACUGACAAAGUGAUGACUACUCAAAGGAAGAAUGUAUGUGUAAAUGAGUCAUACGAUUAUAAUCUUGAAGAAUGGUUGAUUAAACACAACACUAAUGCUAGGUGGUCAAGCAAGCACCACACAUGGAAUUUGGAUCCUGCUAAAAGUAACAACAAGGUGGCAUCUAUUAAUUGGAACUCAGAAUGGCCCACAUUAGAUACGGUGCAAUUAGUGCAGGGCGUGAUAAUAGCUGUCAUAGAAUUUCAUGAUAAGAAUGGGAUUCAUGGUUAUCUUCAUAAUCAUAAGAACUUUUUGUUGAAAUUUGGAAUGAAGUGCUAUCUAGGUGCAUAUGUGAGGGACAUCGUUAAAGUUUUUAUCGUGCAUGAUGAUAAGUCAGAGAAGAAAAAUAGUGAUUUGAAAGAGAAAUCCAAAGAUGCUGAUAUGACCGAGUUGGCUAGCAUAAUUUGUCAUACCAUACUUGGUAAAGAGAUUAAAGAGUUACCUUCUGAUUGGAUUAACCUAAUUGACAGCAUUAAUAUGUUACACAUGACUGAUAGACAUAAAAAUGUUAUUCCAAUGGAAUUCGUGAAGAAUCAUCCAGCAUUGUGGCCAUGGCAAAGGAGAUUUAUGUUUUACGAGGAAUGUUGGGUUCGAGCUAAACAUGCAACGACUGAUGUGCACACAUUUAAUAGAAAAAGCGAUUUCAUCCACAAUUGGGUUGGAAAUGUUGUAUUCGGUAUCAAAUUUGUUGAUUGGUCUUCUAAUAUUCCUAUCGAUACACCGAUGCGACGACUUUUUAAUGAUAUGUGUGGGCGGUCUAGAUUGAGAACAAAUAAUGGCUAUGAUCUCCUUCACUUUCUCAGGUCUUUUCAUCAUUACUACUGUGAUCAAGAUAAGUCACGAAAUCCUAUUAUACAUCAAACUGAUAGCAAGGAUUAUACGAAGGAAGAAUUUAUCGAAAUUGUAACAACACAGUGUUUUCCAUUGUUUUUGGUGACCAUAUACAAAACAUUAUGCAUAGAUAAUUUAUUUUUGUAGGAAGUGUAGGGGGAAACAAUCUUUUUUCUGUUGUAGGAAGUGUGAAGUGUGAGAAUAGGAAGAAGGCCCUCAGCUAAAACAAAUUCAUGUAUAUCAGAUGGAGUCUACAUUCAAGGAUCUAGAACUUCAAAUUUAGUUAGUUAAUUUUUAGUAACUAGUUUUCAAUUUUUAGCUAGUUUUGGUUGGUUAGGCUGUUAAAAAAGUCAACAUUGGUUGGCUUUCAACUAGCUAGUUAUUAUUUUUCCACUUAUUUUCUUCAUUCCACCCUCAAUUGUAUACAAGAGAGAACAAUUAUUGUGAUUGAAUUGAAUGAAAACUUGCAGUUAUCCACCAAGUGGAGACAUUUCUAUCA